AUGAAGUUACUAAAAAUAGGAAUUAGGAAACGAUAUUGGAAUGUUUUUGGUGAUGUAAUGUUGAAGAUGAAAAAAGCUGAUGAGGAAGUGAUGAGAACUUCUUUAUUAUCUGAUAUGAAUCCAAGUGAUAUAAUUUUUCUUAAUAAUUUAAUCACUGCUAGAGGAAAAUAUGAAAUGGUAAUCCAACAACAUAAAGCAAUUUUACAUCAAAAGUCUAGAGAAAAAUGGUUGAAGGAUGGAGCUGCUAACACUAGAUUUUUUCAUACUUCUGUUAAAAUUAGAAAAGCAAGAAAUGCUAUCCCUGAAGUUGAAGAUGAGAAUGGUUCAAUUUUAGUUGAUCAAAAUGGGAUAACAAGCAUUAUGGAAAAGCAUUUUGAGGAGAAGUUCAAUAAAGUGAUGAUGGAAGCAAUUCUUACUCCUGCUGAAAUCAAAGAAGCAGUUUUUCAAUUAAAUGUUGAUAGUGCACCAGGUCCGGAUGGAUUUCCUGGUUUCUUUUAUAGGUUUGCUUGGGAUAUUAUUGGUGAUGGAGUGAUUCAGGCAAUUCAAUUCUGA